CCAAUUGACAAUGAGUGGAAUGGCCCAUAUCCCUUAUAUAUUACUUAGGAUCCCUUCCAACUUCCGAUGUGGGAAGUUAUGUCCUAAUACGCCCCCUCGAGAUGAUGGCUCUUUGGCCAUUAAUCUUGGAAUGUUCGGGCUUAGAUCGACGGCAUCAAUUUUGGGCCUUGUCGAUGAUUGGACCAUCUUUGGGUCGGAUCGGGUUGGACAUGUGUGGAUCGGGCUCUGAUACCAUAUCAGAAUAUGGGCUUCCAACUCAAAACCAAUUGGCAAUGAGUAGAGUGACCCAUAUCCCUUAUAUAUUACUUAGGAUCCCUUUCAACUUCCGAUGUGGAAAGUUAUGUCCUAAUAUAACGUACCUAAGCAAUUUGCAGUUGUGUGUGUUGCAAGGAACAUGGUGGACUGUGGUGUCGAUGCCUACCAACUUCCUGUUGUUCCUAGGGCAUGUAGAUCACCCAGAGGACGCAUGCAAAGACUGAUGAAAAAACAAAGAUCUGAUUUCGAGGUUUUAGCCCAAGUGGCUGAAAAGCUCUCAGGCGAGCGCAAGCACCGAGUUGCUAUCGGCUCGUUGGCCCAUAAAACAAAGGAGACAAAGAACGAUUUCAUCUUCAAUAACUUCUUGGAGACAAUGGAAGUUGAGGUUAAGCCUCAACUUGGUCCGGAGAAACCUUCUCAGGUGUUAUUGUCUAAGGACUGGCUAGCUCUUGGUCCUUCCGCGUCUAACUCUCCAAUCUCACAAGAAGAAAAGUUUGAUUCACAUUCCAAGAUCGAUGGUAAAAGAAAGAUGUGUCACUUGAAAGAGGGAGGUUCGUGUAGUAGCCAGGAAUCGCAGAAUAUGUAUCCUUUGAAAAAAAGAAAGUUGUUUUACCAAAAUCAUCCAUCUGAAUCACAUGAUGCUCCGUGUACCGUUAAGUUCGGUAUCAAAUCAUUGCAAAUCUCGGAGCUAUUGGUGGACAUUCCCGAAUCAGCCACGGUUGGCUCACUGAAACUAGCGGUAUUGGACGCAGUAACGCGGAUUCUUAAGGAUGGAUUAAACAUUGGAGUGCUUCUUCGAGGUAAAACCAUCGUUGAUGACUCCAAAAUGCUCCUUCAGAUUGGGAUCCCACACGAUGAUGACGAUGACCAGAACCUCAGUUCAUUGGGAUUCAUGCUAGAACCACAGAAAUCAGAAACAACGACAAUAACAACGUUAAACAAUGUUUACCCGAGAACACGACUUAGACAAAAUAGGGUUCUAGGGUCCGUGGAUAGCACUGAGGUGAUGGCAGCUAAAUCCGUGGUUCCGGUGCGCAUGAAACCGGCCUCGCAGCCAGAGAUAGUUCAACGGAGAAUCAGACGUCCAUUCACUGUCUCAGAAGUAGAAGCUUUAGUUCAGGCCGUAGAGAGGCUCGGCACCGGAAGGUGGCGCGACGUUAAGUGUCAUGCAUUUGACCAUGCUAAACAUCGAACUUACGUUGACCUCAAGGAUAAAUGGAAAACGUUGGUUCACACGGCAAAGAUAUCAGCAAGACAAAGGAGAGGCGAACCUGUGCCUCAAGACCUUCUUGAUAGGGUUUUAGCUGCUCAUGCUUUCUGGUCUGACCGGACCAGAUGAAUACAAAGUCAUAGUUUUGAUAUACGAUCCGGUUCUAGGUUCAGUUUAGAAUUUAUUAAGUUUAGGAUUUUGAUUUUUAAGUUUUCCCUUUGCCAUAGUUUAAUAUUCCUAUAUAAUGAUAGAUAAUCUCUAGGAUAUAUAAAAAGUGAUUAGGGAACAUUUUAACCCGGAAAGGUGUAGUUGUUAUUGAUUAUUGAGAUGGUGUAGGUUCUAAGUUACAGUAGAUAAUUAAACGCAUGUAAGCUUAAGAUUCAACUCCCGUAACAUAUGAGUAUAUAUUUAUAUUGAAUUUUUUUUAGUUUUCUGUCUCUAUAUUGGAACUUAUAUGUUGAUAAUAUAAAUAGAUUUGACUUAACAAAAAUAAGAAAAUAAAUGGAAAGAGACAAUAUAUUAUCACUCUUUCUAAUUUAAGCGGACACGAUGUAUACGACGUAAGAAGAACAAUAGGUACCGGUAGGUCUUCAGAAUUGUCUACUCGAGUCAAAUUUGGAACCGGUGAAUUCAACAAUAGGUACCGGUUCCCGUAAUUUACUAUUUGUACAUAACUGCUAACAAAACCAUAAAAUUAAUUCCUCUAAUCAAUCUCUAGUUACCCUGUUAGACGUUAGACUUUUACCAAAAACUUAGAAAAUUGGUUGUAUUCUAAUCAAAUUUGGGUAUAAAAUAUAAGAAAGGACACAUGAGCCUCCGUAUUUGGGCCAAACUUGAUUAGAUGGGUCC